AAUCUACCUGAUUGACAGAAGGUGGGUUCUGGAGAUAUAACGCGCACCUGGAGUCGGGACAACAAAAAGAAGAAGAAGAAGAAGGAAAAAAAAGACGCUGUGUGUUUAUACGUAUGUGUGAGUUUGUAUUUGUGCGUGUGUGUUUACUUCUGCUGGUUAUUAAGUAAGGACUGUGAUAAAAGUAAAAGGAGAGAGAAGGUUUUUAGAUCAGGAUGGCGAGCAUGGGACUGGCCGUGAGCGGCCCGAGCACGGAGGAGAGGGCGGUUUUUGCGCAGCUCAAGCCUGUGCGGAUGGCGAGCGGAGACGCCGGAGAGGAUUCGUCCGUGUUCGAGGACGUCAAGCCAACGAACCCAAUGGAGAUGGAUAAAUAUUUACCACAAAACGGGCCCAUGCCAUCACAAACCCUUACAGACAGGAAGUACCGCAGGGAAAGCGCCUCCGUAGUGGAUGAGUACUUUGCAGAUGAAAAGCCAGCCCCCUACAGCCUCAACAUCAACGUCAUCCUACCCAACACCACCCAUCUUCGCACAGGGUUGUACCGUCCAACCAAACCUGUUACUCAAAUCAAAACAGAGCCUGGUGUAGAGACGACCUGCAACAUCCAGACGCUCCCCAACUUUACGUCCGUCUUCAACGUGCCACAGACAGUUGACAACCUGUUCAUUAAACCCAACAUGACCAUCGCCGAUGAGCUCCACAUUGGCCCACAGCAGCCGCAGGUCUACCAGAUGGCCAUUAACGGGAGCAACCUUGCCUCCAUGACGUUCUCCAACAGCCAGCAGGUGAACGGAGCAGGCAGGACCAUGCUCAACCUGAACGCCGUGGCCUUGACCACACCAUCAGGUGACUUUGUGAUACCGGACCAGUUCUACUCACAAGCGCAAGCGCAACCCCACAGCCUGCCCCCGUCUCCCCCCAACUCCCAACCAGGUAGCCCUGAGAAUCAAGCUGAGCUGAUUAACACGGUUCCUCCUCCACCUUACCAGACCCAAAUGGGAGUAAAGGUGGCACAGAUGACCCCUCACUCUGUGCUAAUGACUCACGGACAAGGCGUCCUCACCGGCCCCAGGUACAACCGAAGGAAUAACCCCGAGCUAGAAAAGCGAAGGAUUCACCACUGCGACUUUCCAGGAUGCACCAAGGUUUACACAAAAAGCUCCCACUUGAAAGCGCACCAAAGAACACACACAGGCGAGAAGCCAUACCGCUGCACUUGGGAAGGAUGCGACUGGCGCUUUGCCCGUUCAGACGAACUCACACGGCACUACAGGAAGCACACGGGAGCCAAACCAUUCAAAUGUGUCGCCUGCAACCGGUGCUUCUCACGCUCGGAUCACUUAGCGCUCCACAUGAAGAGACACCAAAACUGAGCUUGUUUUUUUUUUGUUUUG